ACAGCGGCUCUCGUAGAUGGGAAGUUGGAUGCACCAAACCUGGGUGCGGUUGGAGAGGAGGCUUCUGCCAGACCCUCUCCCGGGCCUGUCCUGCCACCCAGCUCCUCCCCAGGCACACUGAGCUCCAGAUCAGGGACGGGCCGAAAAGGACGAGCAGGGCAGCCACAGAAGGGGCGACCCUGCGUGGGACGGGUCCCUCUGCGCGCCUGGUCACCCAGGGGGAAGGGAAGGGGCCUCCGGCGCGCGGGGCGGUGUCGCGCAGGCCCCGCCCCGCCUGCCCGCGCCGCCCAUUGGUCCCGAGAGCGAUGACUUGCGGGCGGAGCAGGAAGGAAACCGCUCCCGAGCACGGCGGCGGCGUCGUCUCCCGGCAGUGCAGCUGCCACUACUGCCGCUCUCUGCCCGCCGGCCCGUCUACCCCCAGCAUGAGCGGCCUGCGCGUCUACAGCACGUCGGUCACCGGCUCCCGCGAAAUCAAGUCCCAGCAGAGCGAGGUGACCCGAAUCCUGGAUGGGAAGCGCAUCCAAUACCAGCUAGUGGACAUCUCCCAGGACAACGCCCUGAGGGAUGAGAUGCGAGCCUUGGCGGGCAACCCCAAGGCCACCCCACCCCAGAUUGUCAACGGGGACCAGUACUGUGGGGACUAUGAGCUCUUCGUGGAGGCUGUGGAACAAAACACGCUGCAGGAGUUCCUGAAGCUGGCCUGAGUCAAGCCUGUCCAGAGUUCCCUUGCUGGACUCCAUCACCACACUCCCCCCAGCCUUCAACUGGCCAUGAAGGACCUUUUGACCAACUCCCUGUCAUUCCUAUCCUAACCUUAGAGUCCCUCCCGAAAUCCAGGCCACUUCUCCUCCCUCCUCUCUAAAUGUAGUCCCCUCUUCUCCAUCCAAAGGCAACAUUCCUUACCUAUUAGUCUCAGAAAUUGUCUUAAGCAACAGCCCCAAAUGCUGGCUGCCCCCAGCCAAGCAUUGGGGCCGCCAUCCUGCCUGGCACUGGCUGAUGGGCACCUCUAUUGGUUCCAUCAGCCAGAGCUCUGCCAAAGGCCCCGCAGUCCCUCUCCCAGGAGGACCCUAGAGACAAUUAAAUGAUGUCCUGUUCCAUUGGCA